AGGGGCGAACAUGGCUGAAGGCAGCAGGGGCGGCUCAACGUGCGGCGGCGGGGUGGGUGGCAGGCAGAACCCGGUCCCCAGCAGCGGCGGCUGCAACUUCCCAGAGUACGAGCAUCCUGAGCUGAAUACGCGCGUUUUCCAUGUGGCCGCUUUCGGGGAGUUGUGGCUUGGCCGGCUGCGCGGGGAAGGGGACUUGUCGCUGAAGGAGCCGCCGGCACCGGCGCUGCCCGGGGGCCGAGGGGUUGCCGACUCCAGCCGGGAGGAUGAGGCCGUGGCCCGGGAUCUGGGCUGCAGCCUGGAAGCGGCAGCCGAGCUAAGGGCGGUGUGCGGUCUUGAUAAACUGAAGUGCCUUGAGGAAGGGGAGGAUCCAGAAGUCAUCCCAGAAAAUACUGACCUAGUGACUUUGGGGGUUAGAAAGAGACUUCUGGAACACCGGGAAGAAACCAUAACGAUAGACCGGGUCUGCAGACAAGAAACAUUUGCUUAUGAGAUGGAGUCACAUGCCAUAGGAAAAAAGCCUGAGAAUCCAGCAGACAUGAUUGAAGAAGGAGAGCUUAUCCUAUCUGUGAAUAUCUUGUACCCUGUUAUAUUUCAUAAGCACAAAGAACACAAACCAUACCAGACGAUGCUGGUAUUGGGCAGUCAAAAGCUCACGGAACUGAGGGAUUCAAUUUGCUGUGUCAGUGACCUCCAGAUUGGUGGGGAAUUCAGCAACACUCCUGACCAAGCCCCUGAGCACAUCAGCAAAGACCUAUAUAAAUCAGCCUUCUUUUAUUUUGAAGGAACAUUUUACAAUGAUAAAAGAUACCCUGAAUGCAGAGAUUUGAGCAGAACCAUCAUUGAGUGGUCAGAGUCCCAUGAUAGAGGCUAUGGAAAGUUUCAGACUGCUAAGAUGGAAGAUUUCACCUUCAAUGACUUGCGUAUUAAACUGGGUUUUCCAUACUUAUACUGUCACCAGGGAGACUGUGAACACGUUGUUGUCAUUACUGACAUAAGGCUUGUGCAUCAUGAUGACUGCCUGGAUAGGACGCUCUAUCCCCUUCUUAUCAAGAAGCAUUGGCUCUGGACCAGAAAAUGUUUUGUUUGUAAAAUGUACACAGCUAGAUGGGUGACGAACAAUGACAGUUUUGCACCAGAGGACCCAUGUUUCUUUUGUGAUGUUUGCUUCCGAAUGCUCCACUAUGAUUCAGAAGGCAACAAACUGGGGGAAUUCCUCGCUUAUCCUUAUGUUGAUCCUGGAACCUUUAGUUAAUAUCAAAAUGUGUACCCUUUACUUCCAAGAAAUGCCAGUGAGGAGCAGGAUCCACCUGAAACAAUCAGCUGAAGUUACCACCCCAGCAAAGAAAGUUCAAAUCACAGGUCUUCUUAUUAAGCAACUUAAAUGUGUUUAAAUGUUUUGAAAUAUAUUAUUUUAAUAUUCCAAAGUAUAGUUUUUAUUCAGUGCUUUUUUGCCCAUUUUUGAGUUGUCUCAUUGAUUUGUAGGAGUGCUUUAUGUAUGUAUCCUGAGUACAAAUCCUUUGUCAGAUACAAGUAUUCUGGUUUUCUCCCAGUCUGUAGUAUGCCUAUUCACUCUUUGUCCAGAGGGCUUUUUGCUCAUCUGUCAUUAUACAUCAAGUGAUGGAAGUGUUUUGAAAAUUCUUUGAAGAAUGUGAGCGCUACACCUUGUACCAUGAGGCUUCCAAGGUAAAGAUCCUUCAAAUAUCUGUAAUAAAAAUGAGGGAGAAGUUAAGAAUAAAAGCAGACUAUUUAAUAAAUACAAUAUUAAGAGUA